AUGUCCCAGAUUUUAACGGAUCUUCAUCUGCAUCUUCUUCAUUUAAAGGCCAUCUCUGUAACUCUAAAGCAAGUUAAUUUAUUUAAGAGUGGUUUUUUGGAGAAGAAAUGGGUUCAAGAGAUAAAAACAAGUACAAACGCAUUACUUCUUGUAAAUGCUUCACAAGAUGAAGGAUCCACAAGGAAAAUACCACAAAGUCUUUUUGGUGUUUCCUUUGAGGAGAUCAACCAUGCUGGUGUGGGUGGGCUGUGGGGAGAGUUAGUAAGCAACAGAGGUUUUGAAUCGGGUGGAAGACAUUCUCCUUCAAUUAUUGACCCAUGGUCAACCAUUGGGAAUUAUUCAUUGGUGAAAGUAUCAACAGACCUUUCUUCAUGUUUCAACAGAAAUCCUGUUGCAUUGAGGAUGGAGGUGGUUUGUGACACCAGUUCUUGUCCAGCUGGAGGGGUUGGUGUAUAUAAUCCUGGAUACUGGGGGAUGAAUAUUGAAAAAGGGAAGACGUACAAGUUUGUUGUAUAUAUUCGUUCAUUAAAUCCAAUAAAUGUAACCGUGUCAUUGACUGACUCAACUGGAGUGCAAACACUGGCUACUGUAAAUAUCAUAGCCAAUGAUGUUUCAAAUUGGAAAAAGAUGGAAGUUGCGUUAGAAGCAAAAGUGACAAAUCAUAAUUCAAGACUACAGUUGACAACCAACAGAAAAGGAGUCAUAUGGUUUGAUCAAGUUUCUCUUAUGCCCAUGGAUACAUACAAGGGGCAUGGUUACAGAAAUGAUCUUUUUAAGAUGGUUGCAGAUUUGAAGCCAGGGUUUAUCAGGUUUCCGGGUGGAAGCUAUGUUGAAGGAAACUUUUUAAGAAAUGCAUAUUGGUGGAAGGAUACUGUUGGACCUUGGGAAGAAAGAUCUGGACAUUUUAAUGACAUAUGGUCUUACUGGAAUGAUGAUGGACUUGGCUACUUUGAAUUUCUCCAGCUGGCAGAAGACUUGGGUGCAUCACCAAUAUGGGUAUUGAACAGUGGAUUCAGCCACCAAGAGGCAAUCGAUGCCUCCAACAUUACACCUUUUGUACAGGAUGCUCUUGAUGGAAUUGAGUUUGCUAGAGGUGAUUCGAAUUCAACAUGGGGAUCUAUUCGAGCUAAUAUGGGACACAUAGAACCAUUUAAUUUGAAACAUGUUGCAAUUGGAAAUCAAGAUUGUCAAAUGCCACAUUAUCGUGCAAAUUACCUCAAGUUCUAUGAUGCUAUAAAGAAAGCUUAUCCAGACAUCAAAGUGAUAUCUAAUUGUGAUGGAUCAAGCACACAAUUAGACCACCCUGCAGAUCUGUAUGAUUAUCAUGUCUAUGUAAAUGCGAGAACGAUGCUUUCUAUGGCUCAUAAGUUUGAUCUUACAUCACGAAUUGGUCCAAAGGCAUUUGUAAGUGAGUAUGCUGUGGUAAAUGAUGGUGGUUCAGGAAAUCUUUUAGCAGCACUUGCAGAAGCUGGAUUUCUCAUUGGCAUAGAGAAGAAUAGUGAUAUUGUUGAUAUGGCAAGCAAUGCACCUUUGUUUCUGAAUGCCAAUAACAAGGGGUUUGUGCCAGAUGCAAUAGUGUUUGAUUCUUAUCGGGCUUAUGGAACACCAAGUUACUGGAUGCAACGGUUUUUCUCAGUGUCAAAUGGUGCAACUCUUCUUCAUUCAGACCUCCAAAGCAAUUCAUCAGAUUCACUUCUGGCAUCCACUAUUUUGUAUCAGAACCCAGUGGAUAAGAACAACUAUAUAAGAGUAAAGGUUUUAAACUAUGGGAGUAACCAAGUGAAUAUGAAGAUAGCAAUUAAAGGGUUAGAUCCUGGCUUAGUAGACUAUUCAAAGUCAUCAAAAGCCGUGUUAUCCUCCACUAAUGUUAUGGAUGAGAAUUCUUUCCAAAAUCCAACCAAGGUUUCAGUGGUUCAAAGCUUAAUCAAGAAACGUAGGAAUGAUAUGAAUGUGGUACUCCCACCAAAUUCUUUGUCUUCUUUUGAUUUGUUAAUAUUGUCAAAGGAUAUUGUACAGAUUAUUGCAAUGAAUGAUGUUUACAUGGUUUUGACGUGUAAGUAA